AAGUGUUGUCGGGUGUGUUAUCAUCCUUUAAUAAUGAAUACUAUUUAUUCUUUUUAUCGCAUUUCGUUGUUCAGUCGUUCUACAAAAUUUCAAAACAAAAGUUUGUGUUACUAAUUCAAAUACUUUCUUUGGCCACGAAAAGAAAAUCUCCAGAACUGGAUGCGUUUUCGGUAAUUGAAUCUAACAUCCUAUUUACAAAAAUUAAGUCAAAAUGAAUUGGCGUGUAUCUAGCUGUUGUUGCUUUUCACUGAGAACGGGAACCUUACUUCUUGGAUAUUUCGGCGUGAUUAGCGGCAUAAUCGCAUCUCUUGGUAUUUUAUUUUCUCUACCGUUCAUUAAAGAUUGGGUACUUGAAGUUGAAAAGGAAAAUAAAUUAUUGACACCAGAAGACCUUGAAGCGCUUGUUAAAUACGUACAAAUCAUUUUGAUCAUAGUUCUGGUUCUAUGUGUCUUGAGUGUUCUAUUUAAUUUUUUAUUAUUGAUUGGCGUUUAUCAGGAAAAACCUAAAAUAAUCAAAAUUUGUGUAAUUGUUUCAAUUAUUAGUUGUGUAAUAAUAUUACUGGGAGCAGUUGUAUACCUUAUUGGAUCAUUUAUUAAUCCACAAUUGAUGGGAAGUUUUGUUAUAGAGUUGGUUGCAUUAGCUUUGCAAGUGUAUUUCACAAUGGUAUUCCAUAGCUAUUAUUUAGAAGUUAUAGAAAGUGUAUGUUCAAAAAGAGACGGUUCCAAUAUGCCCCGGGAACUCUAAAGAUUAUGAAUUAAAAAUUGGAUGAAUGCAGAAUUAAUUAAUUAAUUAUCAGAUGAUGGAAAGCUUCGUUAUCCGUAACAAUAUAAUAACAAAAUAACAGACUGUAAGGAGUUUGUAC